UCACCAUUUCUUUCUUAACAAUGGGUGACAUGAAACUGUGUUCUUUGAUGCUAUGCCUGUUGGUGCCGACGCUGAUGGUUGGGGCCAAAGCGCAACGAUGCGGUAGAGAAUUUGGUGGAGCAGUGUGCGGAAAUGGGUUAUGUUGCAGCCAAUAUGGGUGGUGCGGAAACAGCAAUGAACAUUGUGGAACAGGUUGCCAGAGCCAAUGUCAAGCUAGUAGCAGCGGCGAUAUCAGCAGCAUCAUUAGCCCUUCUCUGUUCGAAGAAAUGCUAAAACACCGGAAUAAUCAAGCAUGUCCGGGGCGUGGAUUCUACACCUAUGACGCUUUUAUCACUGCUGCUAGAUCUUUCAGAGGUUUUGGCACAACAGGUGAUACCAACACCCGCAAAAGGGAGAUGGCAGCUUUCUUCGGUCAAACUUCUCAUGAAACCACAGGAGGAUGGCCAAGUGCACCAGAUGGUCCAUAUGCGUGGGGAUAUUGUUUUAUCAACGAACGGAACCAGCAGGUUUAUUGCAGUGGUGGAGGAUGGCCAUGUGCUCCUGGUAAAAGCUAUUACGGACGUGGACCAAUUCAACUCACACACAACUACAAUUAUGGGCUAGCUGGUAGCGAACUUGGAUUGGAUUUGACGAAUGAUCCGGAUCUAGUAGCAAGAGACCGAAACGUAGCGUUCAGAACAGCUAUAUGGUUUUGGAUGAGGCCACAAGGAAACAAGCCAUCGUCCCAUAAUGUCAUUACCGGAGGAUGGACGCCAUCUGCUGCUGACACCAACGCUGGGCGGCUUCCCGGCUACGGUGUUAUCACCAACAUAAUCAACGGCGGACUCGAAUGUGGGCGCGGCCCGGAUUCUCGGGUCCAGAGUCGGAUCGGGUUCUACCAGAGGUACUGUCAGUUGCUCGGUGUGAGUCCUGGGAACAAUUUGGAUUGCAACAAUCAAGCCCCUUUUUAACUAAUCCUAUACCUCAAUAAAAUGUAUUAUCAUGAAAGAAUGAAAUAAGAAAAACAACUUUUAUCA